AUGGUUUUAGCAGAUUUAGGUCGAAAAAUAACAACAGCUCUACAGUCUCUCAGUAGAGCAACUAUAAUCAAUGAAGAGGUACUGAAUUCUAUGCUAAAGCAGAUUUGUGCUGCUUUAUUAGAGGCCGAUGUAAAUAUUCGUUUAGUCAAAAAUCUCAGAGAAAAUGUCCGAGCAGUCAUUGAUUUUGACGAAAUGGCGGGAGGGCUCAACAAAAGACGGAUGAUACAGUCUGCUGUAUUCAAGGAACUAGUUAAGCUGGUAGAUCCAGGUGUAAAACCAUACCAACCAGUUAAGGGAAAGCCAAAUGUCAUUAUGUUUGUUGGUUUACAAGGUUCAGGUAAAACUACCACUUGUACCAAACUUGCCUACCACUAUCUAAGGAAAAACUGGAAAUCAUGCUUAGUUUGUGCUGACACAUUCAGAGCUGGUGCCUAUGAUCAGGUUAAACAGAAUUGUACUAAGGCAAGGAUACCGUUUUAUGGAAGUUACACUGAAGUAGAUCCAGUAGUGAUUGCUUCAACCGGAGUUGAUAUGUUCAAAAAGGAAGGUUUCGAAAUGAUCAUCGUGGAUACCAGUGGUCGGCACAAGCAGGAAGAAUCUCUCUUCGAAGAGAUGUUGGCAGUUGCUACGGCUAUUAAACCCGAUAACAUUAUAUUCGUGAUGGACGCAACAAUUGGUCAAGCUUGUGAGUCCCAAGCUCGUGCCUUCAAGGAUAAAGUAGAUAUUGGUUCAGUCAUCAUCACCAAGUUAGAUGGACAUGCUAAGGGUGGUGGUGCAUUAUCAGCUGUAGCGGCAACACAAAGUCCUAUUAUAUUCAUUGGUACCGGAGAACAUAUUGACGAUUUGGAACCAUUCAAAACAAAGCCCUUCAUCAAUAAACUGCUUGGUAUGGGAGACAUUGAGGGUCUACUUGAUAAAGUUCAUGAAUUAAAACUAGAUGACAACGAUGAACUCUUGGAGAAACUGAAACAUGGUCAAUUCACAUUGAGGGCCAUGUACGAACAGUUUCAGAACAUCAUGAAAAUGGGACCGUUCUCUCAGAUUAUGGGCAUGAUCCCGGGAUUCUCUCAAGACUUAAUGUCGAAGGGAAGUGAACAGGAAUCUAUGGCGAAACUUAAACGGCUUAUGACCAUCAUGGAUUCUAUGAAUGAAGGUGAAUUGGAUCAUCGUGAUGGAGCUAAGUUGUUUUCGAAGCAGCCGACUCGAAUAACAAGAGUCGCACAAGGCGCUGGCGUGACCGAGAGAGAUGUUAAAGACCUAAUCGCCCAGUACACUAAAUUUGCAGCGGUUGUAAAGAAAAUGGGUGGCAUCAAAGGUUUAUUCAAGGGCGGUGAUAUGGCUAAGAAUGUUAACCAGACUCAAAUGGCCAAACUUAAUCAGCAAAUGGCCAAGAUGAUGGACCCUAGGAUUCUUCAGCAAAUGGGAGGAAUGUCAGGCUUGCACAACAUGAUGAGACAGUUACAACAAGGCUCAAGCGGUAUGAACAGUUUAAUGGGCGGCAAAUGA